AGGGAGGGGGAUGUUGGAAGAAGAAAGCGGGGGACCUCCCUGUAACUGCCCCCCAGGGAUGCAAUCCUGCCCUGUGGAUCCCAGCUCUGCCCUACUGCUGGGUCCUAUCUGCCCCUUCCUUCCUCCCUCCCUUCCCGUGGUUGUGGCCAGAUUUGUGUACUCCUCGAAAAUCCCUAAGGAGAAAAUAGCGGAAUAGGUGGCUCCGUGGUCUGACUUUGCGCAGGGCAGCUUCUUCAGGGUCCUGGUUUCCUUCUUUAGUUCAGCCUUGAUAUUUUAAUCAUGAUUUUUGAAAUGCCUUCCUGCUUUCCCAGAAUUAAGGCUGCCACUUCACCGAACAAAGCAAACCCGCGGCCCUGCCCUGGGUAGCCUGGCAGACAUACUGUUUUAAAAAUGAAGUUUUUCCUGAAAUUGAUGCAAAUUGUUGAGAACAACAUCCCGCUCUCUCUUGCUAUGUGCCAGCUGGGCGUUAACCGCAGAGGGACGAGACAAAAAAAAAAACAUUUGGCAAGACUUAUCCUUUCAAACUUGUGCCAGCUGGAUGUUAAAAGACUGUGAAACAGCAUCGAAGUGACAUUGAGAAUUCUCCCCUGUUUUCCCUGGAGAGGAAACAGCCACGAUGCAGCCAGCUCAGAGUCCAGUGACCUUUGAGGAGGUGUCCUUGCAUUUCUCAGAGGAUGAAUGGGCCCUGCUGGAUCCAGGCCAGAGAGCCCUUUACAAGGAGGUCAUGGCGGACGUUCAUGAGAUGAUAACCUCUCUGGCCAUGUCUCUAGAAGCUUGGCAACCGGAUGUAACCGCACCUGAACAUGAGGCUGCGGUAGAUCCACGCAGAACUGUCGACCCAGCAGUGCAGAACCCUACAGCCACCCUGUCACCAGCAGUUCGUCUGGCAGAACUGAGACGAAAGAAGCCCAAAGGAGCGCGUUCAGAGACGUUCCUCGUGCCAAUAUUGGAAAAGGUCAAAGAGUACACUUGUAGGAAAGAGACAGCGGCGGCAACUGAACAUGAACAGUUGAUGUCACUAAUGAAAGAGAAUAAUGAAGUGUUUCGUGAGAGCAUUGCCGCAAUGAAGAAGCAUGCGGAACACAACAUGAGGGAGAGUAACAUGUACCUGGACACAAUGAAUGGAAUAGUCUCUGCUAUUAAUGCCAGUGUGUCACAUCUGGAAACAUUAACUCGCUGUUUUCUGGAACAAAACAACAGUGCUGCAAGCGUUGCCACUGUAAGUGGGAUGGGGGGGACGAGGAGGAAAAAAACCAAAUCCUUCCUCUUGCUGUAACACUAACUUCAGUAGGAAAACAAACAGACCAGCUUUUGGCAUAGGAAAGGGAAACAAGGCCCAAAACCCAAAAUUUGUGCCCUUCUUCUCAGGCCCUCAUCACUGCCAGCAGCGAGUCUGAUGAUGACACAGUAAUAAAUGGGGAGAGUUCGUCAUCAGUUUCACAUAUUAGGCCACCACCAAGUCCCAUAGCUGGAAUUGUUAAGACACGGACAAGUAUUGAAGUGUGUGCAUCCAAGUUAAGCGCCCCCUUACUCCAGCCUCUUAUGUCCACCCCACAUUUUUCUCGCACUGCAAGACGUGUUCGAAAGCCACAACCAUAUAGCCCCUAGGGGGUUGUUUCUCCAUGCUGCACCUCAGGAUAAAUAACGUUGCAUGGCUUGCAAUGUAGCAAUAUGUCUGUAGUUGCACAGACAACAAAUUUAUGGCAAGAAGGAAUGCAUGCGCAUGCUGAAAGUGUGAGUUGUGUUGUUAAUGAAGGGUUCUUUCACUUUUCAACAGUGAAUAAAGUUUACAUGUUGCAUUCCUUUUUAAAAGAAUGACUUGCGAUUCUGCCUGCAUUGGCACACCUCUCUUUAGGGAAUGAUGUUUUUAAAUCUCUUCCCUUUGUAAUAAUUGCUGCACAACAUUGCAUUGCUUGAUGCAGAUUUGGCUGUAGGAAAAUUGUGUCGUAAUUUGUACGUAAGAAAUAAAAAGGUUCUUUUUUCCCA